CACGUAGCUCUUAAGCUUCCGAUAAUCACGUGAAAUCCUACUUUUUCCUUCCGUCCUUGUUUGAAUAAGUGGAUCAAAAGGAACGAAUCAUCCUCUUAAUCACAUCAUCAAUAACAACAACAACAACAACUGUGACCAUGUCGCUCAUCAACCGCCCCAAUCCCGUUCCUCAUCUCCAACGCCUCUACCAGACCCCUUCCCACACUCCCAUCUAUCUUAGAAAGGGUGGUGACAAGUUCAUCAUGGCCGGUUUCGUUUGCCUCGCAGGCGUUGGUCUUAUUGGAAGCCUGUAUGGUGCCACUAAGAUGGCCAGGGGCGUCAAGAACUAGAUCAAAAAUAUAUAUAAAAAAAGGAGCGCAUCAUCAAUAUUAAUUAUGCCAUCAAAAUAAAGCACUUUCUUUUGUUAAA